AUGGGGUGUUUCAAUUCUACCCAGAAAAAAGUAUCAACUUGUCAAAGCGACAAGCUUUUUGUUGACCAUUCAAAAAGAAUUUUGAGCAAAUUAUGCUCAGAAUCAAGGAAAAAACCUAAAAUAUCCUCGUCUUUACACAACUUAAGCAAGUUUCACAGCAAAACUUAUUUAUUUGUGGUUGUGGAAGCAAAUUCAUUUUUAGAAGAUUCCCCGUAUACUGAUCGGCACAAAAAAACGGAAGCAGAAAAUAGAAAUGGCUACCGAAAAUGAAUGUAA